AAAUCGUACAUAACCCCAAGGAAUCGACAGUUUAAUUUUUACUACUCGGCAUUCAGUUAAUAAACAAAUUGAUAAAUAUAUAUAGUGAUAAUAAAAUCAAUUAAGGAUGCCGUUCAUGAUAGGAAGAGCUCCUAUACGGAGAACCUUGAAGUAUCUGCAAUCUGGUAAACUAUUUCUUAAAAAUAGUAUUCAAAUAUUUUCAAUUAACCAUAACACUCAUGGCGAACACAACCAAGGAAUAAAGGAUUUUAUUUUUUGGUACGUGCCGCAGGUUCAAUACAAUAAUCCUGACGUCCAAAUCAAUAUUUUUAGAAAUAUAACUCCAUCGCCAUUUAUUCGGUGUUACUAUGACAAUGGCAAAAGAAUGCUGAUAGACGUCGAGAGUAAGAGCAAGGAAGAAAUUAUGGAGCAUCUGAUAAGAGUUGUAGGCAAAUCGAAAGAUGUAUUGGAGAAAGAGUUAGCAGCGGCUCAAAAGAAAGCCAACCCAGCAAACUUCGGUAACGAGUGUCCUAGACACUGCAUCUGUGAAAUACCAGGACAAUUGCCAUGCUCUGGUAUCGUACCGUUGCCAUACCACAUGAGAGGAAAGUACAUUCACAAUCCCGAUUUGAUGGAAGAAGUUAUGAGUAAACAAAAACAGGAAGUGUAAAUAAAUUAUCUUAAAUAAAUAAGCUUUUAUAUAUUAAUUUUAGUUGUUAUUAAAAAAUAAAAAUGAUUACUACUAUUGA